GUGAAGCUUAGGUAACAAACGGGGCUGUCGAUUUUUCCCAUUCAGUCGAGUUCACCCCAGCAGUGCUCAACCUGUCGAAAAGCUAAAGCUAAAAAUUUGUUUAUAAGCUGUGAAAAAGUGUGAAAGAGUCAUUGAUUAUCCAUCGAGUGUCUUCAGUGCGCCUUGAGAAAAUGUCGAUCUUUCAACAUCCCGAACAGCUGAGAAUGCUGCAGGACCUGCUGAAUCCCAAUCAGCGAAGAGGCGGCAUUGACUACAGCAGCAGUGAGGACGAGGAGGAGUCCAUGGUCGUCCACAAGCUGAAUCCUGGUGGAAUUGGACGUCCCAAGACGGAAGAUGCCGCCACUAAGGCUAAGAAGAAAAAGAAGCCCAAUCCUUUGUGUACUCCCUUGGUGGAGGAGGAGAAAAAGCAGCCAGAGAGUCUGGAAGAAUGGCAGGAUCGCCAGGAGAAGGAGGACAAUGAUAUACUCGAAACGCGGAAGACUCCCGAAUAUACGAUGACCUAUCGCCAAGCAGUGGGCACCGAGGAUGUCUUCUUGCAGAUGGGCAAUCGCACUGGAUCCUCGGCCAGCUGUGAGGACCUCAUUGUGGAGGUUUCCCUGCCGGACGAGGAGAUGACUGCCGACAAGAUGUCGCUCAGCUUGCAGGAAACCGAAUUGGAUUUGGGCACAUGUCUGUACCGCUUGCGAUUGCCGCUUCCCCAUCCCGUGAAUGUAGAUCGCUGUCAUGCGAAAUACGAUAGUGAGCUGAAGAAACUGCGGCUCACUCUGCGCCUGCAGCGGGAGCUAGACUACGUCAAUUUCUAAAAAUUAAUUAAAUAUUUCAUUUAUAAUUGCUUUCACAUUACACUUUACACACACACAGCAUAAGAGUGUAAAAUUAAAGUUCCAAAAUUGCAACGUGUCAAAA